CCAGUGAAAAGUCACCACAGCAGGACACUGCACUUCCUCACUUCGGCACCGCACAUACGCGCUCAGACGCCACAAUGGAUUCCUGUUUUCGCGCACUUUGCAUGACUUUUGUCCUGACAUCGUUCACCCGGAGGUCAGGUGCGGUCGGACCGGUUAUCAAAUGCGAGCCAUGUGACGCUGGAGCGCGGCUUUUGUGCAAACCUUUACCCAAGGACUGCGCCGAGAAGGUCCGCGAACCGGGCUGCGGCUGCUGCAUGACUUGCGCGCUGAGCUUCGGCCAGCCGUGCGGCGUGUACACUGGGAGAUGUGGCUCCGGACUGACUUGUCAGCAUCAGCCCGGUGAGACGAAACCCCUGCAGGCUCUGCUGGAGGGACGGGGGAUCUGUGCAAACGCUACUAGCAAACGACCCGCCGCCAGACCGACACCUCCACUCAAUGAGCUGCCAGCAGAGAAUAUUGAGACCCAGGACGAGGAGAGGAAUUCCACCGGCUCGGGCCCUCAGACCGCGUACAGCACCUACAGACCCACGGGGCCCCUGAGACCUCCGCUUCACCCCUUCUUCCCCUCUGCCAAGUCAGAGGUCCUCAGACGGGAGCAGCAGAAGCGAACCCAGAGCUUUAAAAUGGAGGAGCUGCCGGGACCACUCAUCACAGACCAGCAAAACUUCUCUCUGGAGACCAAACAGGAGCCUGAGUAUGGUCCCUGUCGGAGAGAGAUUGAGAGCAUUCUCGGCAGCCUCAAGAUUACAGACAUUCUCAACCCCAGAGGUUUCCGCAUACCAAACUGUGACAAGAAGGGCUUCUAUAAGAAAAAACAGUGCCGUCCAUCCAAAGGCAGAAAGCGAGGCUUCUGUUGGUGUGUGGACAAAUACGGGCAGCCUUUGCCAGGUUUUGAUGGAAAGGAGCGAGGAGACGCCCAGUACUACAACUCCGAGAGCCAAUAGGAGCAGAGCAGGACGGAGGGAGGGAGGGUGGGAGUGAGCGCGAGAAGAAUUGUAAACAAAUGGAGACACUGAGGAUAUUGGGAGAGAGGUCAAGAGAUGGCUUCAGCCGAUAUAUGGAUGUUUGCUGUUUCUAUCUGUUGCCUGUGGGACCUUUUCUGAGGCAAAGGGAACAGAGGAAGAGGUACCGGGAGGAAAAAAAACCCCGUGUCGACGGACGGAUUCUUCAUGUUUGUCUCUGACCCAUGCAGGGCACCGACUGAGAGGAGGACACACUUCAAGAAUACAUCUCAGAAGCCUGACUCUCUAAAACACAGAGACACUCUGUACUUGUCACAAACAUUGAUGAGCGCGCUCUUCAUUUACGCACAACUAAGUGGCAUUGCACAUGUGCACGUGCUUGUGAUGUGUUAUCGUAGUUUGUAUGCUUGUGAUUUGUUAUAGAGACAUUUUGUGCGGUCACCACAAGCAUAAGAUGUAUGUACUGUAUGUAUGAAUAGCCUUCAUCUUUCAGAGUAAGCAUGCGGUGCCUUACUAUGAAUUCCUGUUCCUAUGAAUUCCAUUUUUUCCGGCUGCUUCCUGCUCCUCCGGGAGUCGGACUGCUGGACUGUGCAGCUCAAACACGACAGUGCGUAUUAAGUUUUUUUAUGCUUGAUCUCAAGCCACAGAAAGAGAGACAUUUCCUUCAAUCUGUGCUGUGGUUGUUACUGUUUUGUUGUCACUUUGCAUAAGCUGAAUUUUCGGGAUAAAGGCCACAAGCCGCUAUCUCUGAUCUCUGUGUAGCCGGUGAUAUUGUUCAUCACUUGCCUUGGUUUGAGUAAAUACGCUGUUUGCAUGUACAAUGCAAC